ACAGUAACAAAGGUCAAAUUCUUUACGUUAUUUUGCAUAACUGUUUGCUAGCUUGAAGCAACUCGACCCUCGCCUUCCCAGCCUGAGUCCUUCCAUUUUACUAUACCAACAUGUGGCCGCUGCGAAGCGGUAGUUCGGCUAAUGCGCAAGCAACACCAGCGCCUGGGCUCUUCCAAGACGUGCCGACAAUGCCUAGCACGUCAUCAAACAUGCAAGCAUCGCCUCCUCCAACAAUUGGGGCUUCAAGUGCAGCCCAGCAGCACAGCAUCAUCCCUGAGGAGUAUACCCUUGACGAACCCGUGUGGAAAACCAUCUGGCGAGAUAUCGUCACAAUUGCACGCAACCUACGGUCCGUGCUCGUACCCGUCAACUGGAAGUUCCAUGGGCAAGCGCAGGCGCUGCGGAACUGGGACCUUUGGGGCCCGCUGAUCUUUAUGCUGGUGCUGGCGAUCGUGCUGUCCGCGGGGAAGAACGGCGACCCACAAACCGUGUUUGCGAUGGUGUUUGCGGAGGUGGCGUUGGGCGCCAUCGUGCUUACCAUCAACGUGAUCCUGCUAGGAGGGGAGCUCGUGUUCUUCCAGGCUGUUUGUCUCCUCGGGUACUGCCUCUUCCCCCUGGUCGUAGCUGCCAUCGUCUGCGCCGCCGUUUCAAACAAGUUGGUGCGGUGCCUCGUGACGUUGGGAUGCCUACUAUGGGCGUCAGCGGCAACCGUUCCCUUCAUCGGCAAUGCUGUUCCCCAAGGGCGCAAGGCCCUGGCGGUCUACCCCGUCAUGCUGCUGUAUGUGU